CGAAGCAAACCGGCGCGGCGCGGCAAAUUUGCCGACAAAUCCCACCUUUGAACGGGCCGGCGCGUAUCGAGUGCGCGCCACACAACGAAAACCAUCCCGGCGUCGUAUAGUCGUGUUCCCCGGAGACACGGAAGGUGAAUUCGCCCGACGACGAUCGAUCCGCGUUGCGACCGCUUUCUAGGGGUUCAGAUUUCGACUAUACACCGGGAUUUCAGCGCCCGUCCGGCAGUUUUUUUGUUAUAUACCGUAAAUGGCUUUUCUUCGCACGGUGAUCAGGUGCAGUGUUUACAAAAAAUACGGGUUGCUGAUCGAUAAUUCCAACAACGGCCUCGCGGUUAAGAUCGAUGCGGCGAAAUCGACCGCGGCCGCCGCCGCCGGCCUAGUCCAGGACCGGCAGAAACAGGAAAUCAACCAGCAGAAUCCCGUAGGACCCAAGGACCCGUUAGAUACGAGUUUCGAAGACGCUAGGGCUGCGUUCAAGAGCAAAACCAACUGGGAACUCGUCAGGGCUCUGAUCGUCUAUCAGUUGUGCUCGUUCGACGUUAUCGUGCAGAACAAUAAGGAGUUAAUGAAAUUCGCGAGGAAUGUCUUGGGCGAGAAACUGUUCAGCAUGGUGAUGAAGGCGACCUUCUACGGCCAUUUCGUCGCCGGCGAAGACCAGUACAAAAUCAGACCGACGUUGGAGAGGCUACGCUCCUUCGGCGUCAAACCAAUACUGGACUACUCGGUAGAGGAGGACAUCACGCAGGAGGAGGCGGAAAAGCGGGAGGUCGAAGCAUCUAUACCGGCAGCCGGCGAUCAAAUGGAGGCCGGCUCCCUCAAACAGUACCACGUGGAUAAAACGUUCGCGGACAGACGGUAUAAGGUUCAGUCCGCGAGGACUUACUUUUACCUUAACGAAGCCACCUGCGAGAGGAACAUGGAGACGUUUAUCCGGUGCCUGGAGGCGAUAGCAGACUAUCAGAAGACUCCAGGCGCCACCUAUGGCACCGGUAUAACGGCGAUCAAACUUACCGCACUGGGUAGACCGCAACUCUUGCUCCAGCUGUCCGAAGUAAUUAUGCGCACGCGCAAGUUCAUGGCCGAGAUAGUCGGCGGCGAGGGCAACGUGCUCACGCACCACGUAAGACCGGAAGAUCUCGAAGCGAAAUUCGACAAAAUUCAAGACAAGGAGUCGGUGCGCAAGUUCCUCAAACAGGUCACCUACGAUAAGGAAGGCAUCCUCCACUUGUUCCCGUGGUCGGGCAUCAUCGACGAGAACCAAGAAUUGAGCACCACGUUCAGGGUGCCGGACCUGAAGACGGGCCGGAUGGCCCGCUUGAUCACUCAGCUGUCGCCCAAAGAGGAGGAGAUGUUCAGGAAUAUGAUCAGGAGACUCAAUACCAUCGCCAAAGCGGCGCAGGAGAUGGACGUGCGCAUAAUGGUAGACGCGGAACAAACUUAUUUCCAGCCGGCGAUCACGCGAAUCACGCUCGAGUUCAUGCGCAAAUACAACAAGGAGAAGGCGAUCGUUUUUAACACGUACCAGUGCUACCUGCGCAACGCCCUCUCGGAAGUGACGACCGAUCUGGAACAGGCGAAACGUCAGAACUUUUAUUUCGGCGCCAAACUGGUGCGCGGCGCCUACCUCGAACAGGAGAGGGCGCGCGCGGCGGCGAUGGGCUACCCAGACCCCACCAACCCCGAUUUCGAGGCCACUACCGAAAUGUACCACUCGACGCUCUCCGAAUGCUUGAGGAGGAUCAAGGCGUUCAAGGACAAGGGGGAGGACAAGAAGAUCGCGAUCAUGGUGGCGUCGCACAACGAAAACACCGUCCGGUUCGCCAUUGAAAAAAUGAAAGAGUUCGGCAUCGAGCCCUCCGACAAAGUGAUCUGUUUCGGACAGUUGUUCGCUAUGUGCGAUUACAUCACCUUCCCGCUAGGUCAGUCGGGUUACUCGGCGUACAAGUACAUCCCCUACGGUCCGGUGGACGAGGUGCUGCCCUACCUCUCGCGGAGGGCGCACGAAAACAAGGGCGUCCUGAAGAAGAUCAAGAAAGAGAAAAGACUGCUUGCCAAAGAGAUCCUCAGACGUUUGGCGACCGGCAAGAUCUGGUACAACCCCAAGGGCAAUUACGUGCCGGUUUAAAAAUCGUUCCUAGCCCCCACCACAAGACCCCGUUCGAAUGUAAUUUACGGUCGCCAUAUGCCGGGCAUGGCUGCCGCAUCUCUGUUUAUAGAUAUAAAUAGUUUAAAAGACACAAUUGAAGUCCGUUUUAGCUGAUACGAUGUCUGCGUAACGCCGAUCGCCGGCAACGAUCAUAACAACCAACUCUCCCCCGGCGGUUGACAAAAUUUUCCCCUCACUGUCAAUUAAACGAAAACCAAAACCCGCGGGAGGGAGGAACAACGUAGGCUGCUUCGGCCGUUACGCAGACAGAAUCUCGGGUUGCUUGAUAAACAUUUUUCAAUUUUAAUCUAGUGGGACAGAGCAUUAUUGUACAGAUAUUAUUUCCCGUCGUAUGGGUUAAGAAAAAAAAAUCAAAUAUCGUUUGAAAGAGUAACCCCCGAAUUUUUCUUUUAAGCGUUUCGUAAGCAUCGUUUUGUUGUGUUAUGUUAUUUUAUGAUAUUAAACGAGUGAAAAAAAAACAAAGAACGUCACCUCCAGCACACGCGGUUAAAGUUAAUUUAUAGUUAUCCUAGCUGUGAUUUUGUAAGUUAAACGAGGCAUAGGACUUUUUCGUUUGGCCAACGCAUCGGGCGUCUAAACAUUUUCGCCAGUAUUUCCCUUCCGUUCUAAUUGCGUAGUAUUAUAAAUGAUCUGGUAUUAUUAACAGAGUAGGCCGUCGAAAUUGGUGAACUCCGCAAAAAUUGUAUUAUUAUUAUUAUUAUUAUUUUGUAAACGUGGUUGGGUUCCCAAGAUAUUAAAUUAUUUAUGGAUGUAUCCUAAACUUGUUCAGACAAUAAAUAAAAUUUAAACCAAA